ACCUGCCAAAAGAGGUGCCCAGAGGGACAAACAGGAGGAGAAGAAGAAACGAACCCCUCGGAGGCCACUGAUGGUCAAACCUGUGGAUGAUGUGUACCUGACAUGGCUCUACCAGCGACCCUCCUAUGGUGUGGAGCAGGCUGUGGGCAUGCUGAAGAAGUUCCAGGAGCUGGACUUCACUCACCCCAAGCAGUUUGUGUACAUCAAUGUGUUCCUAGACAUGGCACUACAGAAGAAGAAAAAAGUGGAGCCUUUUGCCAGCACUGUGGUUUUCCCCCAUCGCUUUACAGAUGAAGUGAAGAAGGUUUUGGUUUUCACAGAGAAUGAGCAAGAGGCUGAAAUAGCUCGAGAGCAUGGAGCUGCUGUCGUGGGAGGAGUCGAAUUAAUCAAAUGGAUCCUGGAAGAUGAAAUCCAAGCAGACUUCUACGUAGCUGUUCCUGCCAUAAUACCCAAGCUCAUACCGCUGAGGAACAAGCUCAAGCGAAAGUACCCGACCACCAGGAAAAAUUCCCUGGGCACUGACAUUCCCAAAAUGCUGCAGCUCUUCAGGGAAUGCCACGAGUAUGCAGUGGAGGAUGAGAGGAUCAUCAGGACCAGAAUAGCCAGGCUGGAUAUGCCAACUGAGCACAUAAUUGCCAACCUGAAAACAAUAAUCCAUGACAUCUGCACCUUCAAGCCAUCAACCUAUGAUCCUAUUGUGCGGAAGCUGGUCAUCAGAUCUUCAACCAGUGAAGGCUCUGAUGGAAUUCUACCUCAGGCAGAGAAAGUAGAAGAAGAAGGAGAAAAUGCAGAUGAUGGUGAUGAUGCUGAAGAAGAAAAACCUGUCCAAAACCCUGUUAGUACCUGA